ACCUCCACUGUCAGCAUGCAAGACUGCACUGCCAAAUCGAAUACCGAACAGCCUCACUUCCUUCAAAAAAUCAGCCAGGUAGACGAGGGCAGUGGCACACUCACACAUUUGCACGUAUUCUGCCUCGACAGAAGAUAGAGUGACGAUCGGCUGUGUUUUGGCACUCCACAAGACAGGGCCUCCACACAGGAAGACAAGGUGAACCCCACUGGACUUCCUAUCCUCGCUAUCUGCCCAUGAUGAAUCAGAAAACGCACACAGAUGCAACACACUGCCUGACUGACAGCCAUUGAACUCUAUCCCUUUCUCCUUUGUCGCGCUCAGGUAUCGCAAUACAUGCCUGGCUGCUGUCCAAUGGCUCGCUCCUGGGUUGUGGGCGUGCUUGGCCAGCUCCUUGACGGCGAAUGCGAUGUCCGGUCGGCAUGUGACAGAGCAGAACAUGAGGGAUCCCACAAGUUGUCGAUAGGGAUCUUGCUCUUCUUCUUCUUCUUCUUCUUCUUGUCCUCAGUCUGCGGUGCCAUAUCGCUGGUCAGUCGCACACCAGAUGCACAUGGGAAUGGUGUUGGGUUGGCUUGGUCCAUGUGGUACUUGCUGAUCAUCUUGUCGAUGUAUUGUGGCUGUGUGAUGGUCAGGUGUCGUCGUGGUCGGUCUCGUGUGAUCUUGAGUGCCAGGAACACAUCAGCCUCGCCCAAAUCCUUCGUCGCGAAGACUGUCGACAGCUGCGAUUUGGACCAGGUAACCCCCUCUUCGCUGCUGGCGAUAGGGAUAUCAUCGACGAACACACACAACAUGAUUCCCUUGUUGUCGUGCAGGUACACACAGGGCUCCUUGGGAUGGCGGCGGAAGCCGAGAUGCAGUAGUUGGUUGUGGAGGGUGAUGUUCCACGCACGCGGGGCCUCUUUGAGUCCAUAAAGGGCGUUCCGGAGGCGGACAACAUAUCCCGGGCGCUCGUAGCCAGGUGGGCACUCCAUGAAGACUGGCUUGUCGAGCGGCGCGUUGAGAAAUGCUGUGACGUCCAUUUGGUGAAUUUCCAGGUCGAGGUGAUUGGCGAUGGCCAGGACUGCUCGCACAACGUGGUAAGAGAGCGUCGGGGCGAACACAUCCUCCACUUGGUUCUUCUCUUGCUCGAAUCCGCGGGCGACGAUGCGGGCCUUGUACUUGUCAGGCUUGA